AUGGCGCAGAUACAUCCACGAUUCCUAUCAGCUCAAUGGGCCAAUCGUCGGAUUAUGCUCUUCUGUGCCAUGGUCGGGUUUGGCAUAGCUCCCACAAUACAUUGGGUCUUUCUUUAUGGGGGUGUUAAUACCCCUAUAGUGAAGCUUAUAUUACCCAGGGUCAUUGUACUAUAUCUCAUGGGAUUCACAGCACUCAUAUUCUAUGCAACUAUGUUUCCUGAGGUGUGUUGUCCAGGUAGAUUGGACUACGUUGGAAGCAGCCAUCAGCUGUGGCAUGUUUUAGUUGUCAUAGCAUUCCUAUGGUGGCAUCAAACAGGUGUUAUCAUGAUGGAGUUUGUACACAACUCAGACCCGUGCAGAAAUGCAGCGCAAGAAUCACUACUCAACCAGAAUAUUGUUCUAGAAACAUGA